AGAGCAGGCGACGGCCGUCCAGUCACUCGUCACCCAGCAUCGACGCCGAGCACACCUGCCGAGAUGAAGCGUCACGCCCUUUCUUCUGCCGUUGUCCUGCUGGCCGUGUGUCAGGUACUCUCGGCGAUCGAGAUGUGCGGCCCGGAGGUGAACAAUGGAAGCCACACCUGGAGCCAGGGCCCGGCCGCCGAGUGGGCGCAGGAGGGAGAGUUCAACAACCUGAACAAGGGCAAGCCUGAGUGGAUCACAAACCAGGUGGAAGUCUACUGCUUCGGCUGCAUGAUCGACAUCGACAGGGCUGGCGUGGCCACCAUCCAGAACUCCAACUGCCGUUGCAUCAGGAAGCGCAAGCUCUUCCAGGCUGUCAACGCCUGGGCCAAAUGAGAUGAGCGCGUUGGCGUUCGUGUGUGAAUAAAUGGUCAGUUUAUUGUGCUUGUUUGCGGUGAGGGGCAGUCAGAAGAUGUGAGAGGAGGGGAACGGCUGCGUGCUCUGCUGUUCCACACGAUCAGAAGCAGCGAGCCUCACAGAUCUUAUCGCGAUGCACUUUUGGGAAACCUGAAUUAUCUGCUUUGUUUUUGUUGUAUUGUUUUCUACAGAAGUUAAGCAUGUUUACAUCAGUGUAGUCCCAUGCAGUGUGCAACUGUGAGCUGAAAUAUGUUGUACACCUUGGAACCGGCAGCUCGUGACAUUUAUCGAGGGCGAGCAUCCUGAGAUGUGGCAGUAAUAAACUACCUGACAUCUUCAA